CUGCUACGCCUGCAGCUUCCUCAUUAAUCACGAUGUCCACCGGCACCACGAAAUCAUCAGCUGUAGCGCGACCGGCGAUCAUCGACUCGACUUUCUGGACGGAUGACAACGCGCCGAUCGGGACGAUAAUCGAGAACAGGGACUACAAGCUUGUUCUGCAAGACAACUGCAACCUCACCUUGUCAACCGCCGACAGUAGCGGCGAGGUACUGUGGUUCACCGACUCUAAAGACCUCAUGUUCGACUGCUUUGUGAAUCUCGAAGCCAACGGAGAGCUUAGGGUCAAGUACCUCGGCGGAGUUCCUUUGUGGGGCAGCGGGGUCACGGGCCCUCCCAACUCGGACUACGUGCUCACGAUCCGACCCGAAGGGAAGCUCGCCGUCUACGGUCCGUCCCUUUGGAGCAGCACAACGAAUGACGGCGUUGCGGCAGCGGUCGCUGAGAGCUACGGGGAGAAGAAGAUUGCCGUGGCGACAGAAGAGUAAUUAAUGACCACCCGAGCGCGUGGCUUUUUGGCUUUGUUGAAUGUUGAUGCGAAAACUAUAGCGGUGUUUGUUAGCUGUGUCCUCUCUUAGUUGACUAUGUGAUGUACUUGUGUCCUAUUUAUUCUCAAUGUUUGCUUAGUUUCAGUCAUAAUUAGCUCAGUGGGUCGUGGUUUUCACUACUAUCUAGUUCAUGGUGAAGCCUCUAUCUGGGU